AUGGAAAUAUAUGCAAAUAUACACCCAGCCGGACAAUGGUGGCAUAUUCGGGGUCUAUUUGGGGCAGCGAUACGGGGAGCUGCCACUCCAGUGACAGUAGCCAGAGGCCUUGUGUACGCCAGAGCACGCAAUCUAUACCAAGCUCUGUGGGACGUCCUCUGGUGUCAGGCGGCGCAGAGAACUCAAACGACACCACCAAAUAAGCUAGAUCAGUGUUUUGGGACUGAUGUUCAUUUUAAUUCACUACUAGCUUUUGAUACUAACACGGGGAGGAUUCGUCGGCUAAGCAAUUCGGAGGAUACGAUGUUUUGUACUUUGAGUGUUUGGCUCCUAAUAAUACUGACUGCUCUCGUGGCCCGAAUUGGAUGCUCAUUUGGAGAGGCACCAAUGCUGCUUUCUAUAAGGUCGAGGAAAAGAUUGCGGGAAGUCGUUGUGGCUGUACAAAAAAGUGACUUUGUGUGGACUUUGGAUCACGACAACGGUGAUAUUGUUCGGCUCAAAGCAAGUUUUUUGAAUUAUUUGUUACCACGAAUUGGAAUGAAAUCAGGGCCAGGAAGCUUGAAUGGAGUGUGGGAUGCAGCCACUGAUGGAGUACGCUUAUGCACAAUUAUUGUCAAUGGCAAUGACCUCCCCUUCACCCUCCAACCACCUACCUGA